AUGGAACAGUUACAAGUAACUUUCUUUCCUCCUCUACCCGGAGACAUUGAAGACGAAGGCUCCAGAGCACAGAGAGCCCCGUAUGGAGGAAGUGGAGCGACAACUGUUUGCCGCAAAACCGUGGAAGGUCCCCCGGGAGGACGGCCUGCCAGCAGUUGUCUGGAAGCAGGUGUGGUCAGCAAGGACCACGUGCUUGCGCUCUUCGAGCAUCUCUCGACGAUGGCACGAUACUGGAGUCAGUCAUCGCGGAGAGGAUCUCAUACGCGAUCGAAACCUAUGGUCUCCUCCCCACUAACCGCUUUGGGGCGCGGAAACCGCAAUCCGCAGAAACAAACGCUCCUACUGCUGCAAGAACAAAUUCUACAAUGGAGUCUGCGAAGAAAGAUUGCCCGAGAGAAUGAAGGCGCGAGGCAUCCCGAAGAAAGAGCUGGAAUGGGUAGGGCGUUCUACUCGGGACGCACAGCAACGAUCCAAGUUAAUGGGCAGUCCUCCGAGGUUCGGGGUCUGCCACAGGCUGGCCUGCUUGAAGAUUCUCCUUUGUCCCCGGUUCCCUUUCUCAUUUUCAACGCCAACUUGGUACAACGACACAUUGACAGCAAUGGAGGAGCUAUAGCAUUUGUCGACGACUUUACGGCACAGGCUUUGUCCAAAAGCCUCGAGGCCGCUUUCAAGCUGAAACGACUGAGAGGCCUGACACCGUUGCGCCGAGCCGGAUUGGCGUGA